CUCCAUCGUUCCUCUCAGUGGCAGCAGGAGCAGUGCAAGAAGAAGAGGAAGAGGAAGAGGAAGAGGAAGAGGAGCACGAGGAGGUUCAGGACUCCACGCCAUCAUCACUGCUGUCAGCCACGAGACUGAGCUAAAACUCCAACGCUGGCUGUUUCCACCCACAAAAACAUGGCGCACCGUUUCCUGAUGAGCCCGUGGUGAGACUCACGCCGCCCUGUCCCGCCCACAGCGCCCCCUUUCCGCCCGGACGGCCCACCACGCCCCGGUGCAUAUGAAAGGGUACCAUGUCAGCCGCAGCAUGUCCCAGCAUUCCUCUGGUGGUGGCGGAGGAGGCCCCUGUCAUUGCGCGCCCGAGGACUGCGACGGCCCAGGCAGAGACUACUAUCACGGGCACAACGAUGGCCACUACUACCCUCCGGGAAGUGCGGCCGAGGCCUUGGCGCUGGAGAGACACCACUCCCACUCCCACUCCCACUCCCACAGCCACUCCGGCGGGGGCACCUUCCCCCGCUCCCACCCGGGUCAUCACCCGCCGCUCCAGUCCUUUGACUCGUGCGAAGAGUGCGUGUCGUCGGGUCACGGAGGCAAGGUGCACCGCGUCCCUUCCAACCUGAUCGACCAGUUUGAGAAGCAGGUGCCCUUCCACCCCGAUGGCUUCCACACGCUGCAGUAUCAGCGCACCACCAGCGGGGGCGCCGAGCAGCGCAGCGAGAGCCCCUCGCGUAUCCGCCACCUGGUCAACUCCGUGCAGCGUCUCUUUGCUAAGUCCCAUUCCCUGGAGGCCCCAUCCAAACGAGAGUACAACGGCACAAGAGGAGGCGGGGACUACAGGAGCGAGAGGGGAGGCGGGCACAGGAGUGGCGGGGAGGACGGCGGCGGUCACCACACUGGCCACCAAUCACGUUCCGCUCGGAGGAACAAGUCCAGAGAGCGCAGCAAGAGCGGGGACUCGCGGCACGAGUCCGGCCGGCGACAUCGUAGCAGGACGGCGGGCUGGUGGAGCUCUGACGACAACCUGGAUAGCGACAGCAGCUUCCUGGUGAGCGGCGGCAGGCGGGGCUACCCCAGCGGGCACGAGAGCCUGGAUGCUGCCAUCCAGGAGCUCACCAUGAAGAGGCCCAAGGAGCGAGGAGGUGGACCGGCGCCCGGGGAGUGCAUGGCAUGCACCACCAUCGCUCUGUCGGGAAGUGAAGGAGGUCACCCCAGUCACUCCCUGAAGAGGAGCACGUGGUCGGCCAUGACGGUCAGUCAAGCCAGGGAGGUGUACCCUUCCAGGGGGGUGGGAUCGGGCUAUGACAAAGCCCUGGUGCCAAUUGAGAACAAACUGAAGGAGAGAAGCCUCCAUUAUCUGCAGGUUCCUUCGGAGGACUGGGGAGGCGGAUACGGCGGAGGCGCGGGCGAGAUUCCCUGCCGCCGCAUGCGCAGCGGCAGCUACAUCAAGGCCAUGGGCGACGACGACAGCGGCGACUCCGACAGCAGCCCCAAAGCCUCACCCAAGACCACCUUGGUCGCUCAGAGGGACGCCUUCAGACGAUCCGUCAGCAUGGAUCAAAGGUACUCGUGUAAGCAGUGUACAGACCCCUACCCUAACAGCCGAACCACACCCAAGACCCACGCCCGCUCCCGUAGUUACACCCGCUCGCUGACUAGCUCACAGCUGGGAGACACCCUGAAUCGACAGUUUGAGGCCGUUUGCGAGACCAUGUUCGGGGAAGUGGAGUCCCAAGCGGUCGAGGCCCUCGAUCUUCCGGGCGUGUUCCGCACCCGAAGCCAUAGCUACGUCCGAGCCAUCCAGGCCGGCUGUUCCCAAGACGACGACUGUCUCUCCGUUUUCUCUAUGUCGGGUCCGCAGGGAAGCAUCAAGGGCGGGGCUGUCUUUCCUUAUCGCAAAGGUGCUCCUCCCCCGCUGCCACCUCGCAUGUCCAAGUCGUCCCUCUCCGUGCGAGCCCAGAGCAGCACCGAGUCCACCCAGGACGCCUACUAUCAGAGCGGUGGACAAGUCGCCGCCGGCCACACGCGCCCAAAGCAGCACAGUAACUCCGUGGACCUGGGCUGCGCCGACGGACCGUCGGGACGCUCCUCCAGAGCGGGCUACUACAUGGCCACGGGCCCCGGGCGUUCCCGGCAGCACAGUAACUCGGCGGAGAGCCUGGACGGGGGCAUGAGGGGCUCGCGGGAGCUGGUGCCCUACGGAGGAGGCCCAGGAGUCGGCGUGAGGGCCAAACACAGCAGCUCAGCUGACAGUUUGCUAGAGGGCCCGCCCAGGCCGGCCCGAGAGAGGGACGGGCGGGCGGUGGGCAGUCUGGGGAAGUCGGUGUCACUGCCGCAGAACAGCAUCGUCUUGAGUAAAGUCGGGGGGCAGGACGACGGAAGCGGCGGAAGGAAGUGGAGGCCAUCCAUCGCCGUGCAGGUGGACAGCUCAGAGACUCUGUCAGAUUCAGACGCAGAAAGCAAAGCUCUGACAGAAGUGCACUCUAUCGGAGUCCAGGUGGAAGACGACAAAAAGCGGGCCCGUUUCAAGCGCUCCAACAGCGUGACGGCGAGCGUGCAGGCCGACCUGGACCCCGAUGGCUUCCCGGGACUCAGCGUUGCCGUGCCAACACAGGACAAGAGCCUCCAGUUCGGCUGCUCCUUCCAAAGGCACUCGUCUGAGCCCGAGUCAGCUGGCCAGUACGCCGAGUGCCACCGCACCGUGCACACACAAGGACAGUGGGCCUACAGAGAGGACUUCAUCCAGAGCGGCUACACCGCAGACGCGUGUCCAGGCGACCCGCGCUCGCACCAGCACCUACCCCCGCGCUCGCACUCCCCGCUGCCCCUCACCUCAGAGCGGGCGUGGGCGGGCACGCCCUCCUUGGAGGGCCCCCGCAGUCUCCCCGACUCGGGCCGAGCCUCCCCCUGCAUGAGAGACGGCGAGUUCUUCCUGCGCCUCCUGCAGACGGAGGUGGAGAGGAUGGAGGGCUGGUGCCAGAACAUGGAGAGAGAGGCGGAGCAGAAGGAACUCCCCGAGGAGAUUCUGGACCUGAUCCGCGGCGCAGUUGGCAGCGCCCAGAUGCUCAUGUCUCAGAAGGUCCAGCACUUCUUCCGCCUGUGCCAGCAAAGUGUGGACCCCUCUGCUUACCCCCAGCCCACCUCUCAGGACCUGGCAGGCUUGUGGGACCUCCUCCAGCUCAACAUCGAGGACGUCAGGGUCAAGUUUCAGGAUCUCCAGAGGCUCAAAGACUCUGGCUGGAAGCUCCUCCCUGAAAAGAAGGAGGAUAAGAAGUUUCCUCCCCCCUUACCAAAGAAGUCGGCGGGCGGGGUGAGCGGCAGCCUUAGGGCCGAUAGUGUCGCGGACGGCGGCGGGCUUGGAGGCCUGGUGGUGCCCCGUGUCGGGGGACAUACCCUGCCUAUCAGGGAGAAGUCCCUGGACCUGGGGGACCGGCAGAGGACAGAGGCGAGGAGGAGGCUGCUGCAGACCAAGCGUACCGCCUCCUUCCGGCAGAAUUCAGCCACGGAGAGCGCAGACAGUAUCGAAAUCUACAUUCCCGAAGCCCAGACUCGACUCUGACUGAACCCCCCAGUACCUAGACGUUCCUUCGACACGCUUCCUUUUGCUCCAAAUUCAGUUCUCAAGCAGUAACAGCCGUUGGUGUGUCUUGGAAAUUGCACAUAUUACUGACACCGAGGCCUGAAAACCAAGUGGAGAGUAGCUAGCAGAUAUGAAUUAUGGCCUUUUUCCAUUUCUUCUUUUGCAAACUAGCAACCCUUCUCUUGUUCUGUACGUGGCUGAGGCUCUCUGCAAGCAUGAACGGGCCUGUUCAGCGAAAUAAAGGGCUCAGCAGGCACAA